AUGGUCGCUAAACUCUUUCUGGAAGGCGGAUGUCUUUGUGAAUCCGUUCGAUACAAGAUCACCUUUCCCGAACACCACGAUCUUUCUAAAGACACACUGGGCUGCAUUUGUCAAUGCACUCAAUGCCGCAAACAGACUGGCAGUUUCUUUCUGGCAACACUCACCGUCCCUGUCGCGGCCAUCCAAUGGCAAGGCGAUUCAGAGAGCAAGAUAAAACGAUUCAACAAGACAGAGAACAUUGACAGAGGCUUCUGUGGCACAUGUGGAUCGUUUCUCUUCUGGCACCCGCGGGGAAAGGCAAUAAGCAUCGCCACUGGGAGCCUCGAUCCUCUUUACCUGCUUGGUGAAGGUGCAGACAGCACGGAUGAUCGCAUCCCAAGUGAGGGUUUCGCGGGACAAAUAUUCAGUGGAUGGUUUAAUGUUGAGUUCUGUGAGAGUGAAAUCAAGGGUAUUACAGACGAUAUGCCAGUGCUUCUGAAGGGAAAGAGGUGCCAGGGUGAUAGCUCGGAAAUUUGA